UUGAAGCCAUCACAAUCACUCUUGUGAUUGAACCCCCUCCACCCUUCAUCAAAGUGGCUCCUAAAGGAAGAAACACAUCGUUCUUUCGCCGUCCCUUCAUCCUCUGGCUCUUCUGCCUCCUCGUCGUCGUGGCGCUCUACCAUUCCCUCCCCCGCUUCGGCCACUACUUGUCCCAGCUCGUGGUGCCCAAGGCUCCCUUCAGCAGCAUCGUCAAAUUCACUCCCUAUCAAAGACCAAUCACCACCACAGCCAUGGCGCCGCAGAAGCUGAAGAAGCCGCCUCAGUCGCCUCCCCUCUUCACCCACACUCCUCAGGGGUUGAUGGAGUCGACGCAGCGACUAUUGGAUCGGAACCAAGCGCUGCAGGAUCGUGUGGUGAAGGAUGUCUCGCUUUCCAACGCCGACUUCAAAAACGUCCUCCUGCCGUUUGCGCAAGACACGAACGAGAUGAGCUUGGAGAGUCACAUUGUCGGCUUCUACCAGGCCGUCAGUACCGAUCCCGCUCUUCGCGAUGCGAGCACGGAAGCGGAGAAAAAGAUGGACGAUUUCUUCAUCGAGAGUAGCAUGCGCGACGACAUUUUCCAGCUGGUUGAUGCGGCUUUCAAAAAGCAAAAGGAUGACCAGAGUUUGGAUGCGGAAAGUCGGCGAUUGCUGGAGAAAGAGCAUAAAGACUACAUCAAGAUGGGCCUGGGGAUUCCACAAGGACCCGAUCGUGACCGCUUCAAAGCCAUCAAGAAGCGGCUAUCCGACUUGAGCAUCACAUUUCAGAAGAACUUGAAUGAAGAGCAGGGCGGGUUGUGGCUCGCUCCGGAAGAGCUCGAGGGUGUUCCGCAAGAUGUCAUCGAAGGCCUCAAGAAAGGCGAGAACGAGAAUGCGGGCAAGCUGUGGCUGACCUUCAAAUACCCCGACUACCUCCCCCUCCAAAAGUACUGCAAGAACGCCGAAACGCGCCACAAAGUCUUCAUCGCGAACGAGAACAAGUGCAAUCAGAACGUCGAAUUGUUCAAGGAAGCGCUGAUCUUGCGAGACGAGGCUGCCAGACUACUCGGCUACCCCAAUCAUGCAACCUUCCGCGUUGAAGAUAAGAUGGCCAAGACCCCCAAGACUGUGGACGACUUCCUCGGUGAUCUCCGUGUUCGACUGGCACCCGCUGGACUAAAGGAGAUUGAGGCGUUGAAGAAGCUCAAACAGGACGAGACGGGCAGCGCCGACAACUACUUCCUGUGGGACUACCGCUUCUACGACACGCUCAUGCUGGAACGAUACUAUCAACUCGAUCAGAAUCGCAUUGCCGAGUACUUCCCUCUUUCCACAUCCAUCGAGGGCAUGCUCAACAUCUUCGAACAGCUGUUCGGGCUCGUGUUUGUGCGAGUCGAAGGGAAAGAUCGCGCAGAUCUCAGCGAGACGGGACGUGGUGAGGACAUUGUCUGGCAUCCCGAUGUCCACCUCUUCUCCGUCUGGGAUGAUGAAGAGCAGGGGAGCGAAUUUGUGGGAUAUCUGUAUCUGGACCUGCACCCCCGGGAUGGCAAGUACGGCCAUGCCGCCAACUUCAACAUUCAACCCGGCUUCAUCAAUGCCAAUGGUACACGACGAUAUCCAGCCACCGCCCUCGUCUGCAAUUUCAGCAAGGCUACGCCCAAGAAACCGUCGCUGCUCAAGCACGAUGAAGUCGUCACCCUCUUCCACGAGUUGGGACACGGCAUCCACGAUCUCGUGUCCAAGACGACAUAUUCUCGCUUCCAUGGCACAUCCGUCGUCCGCGACUUUGUCGAAGCUCCCAGCCAAAUGCUGGAGAAUUGGUGCUGGACACCUUCGCAGCUGAGGUCCCUGUCGAAGCACUGGUCGUAUCUAACACCGGAAUACCGCGAGGCAUGGAAGGCCAGCGCAGCAGAAGGCGAGCAACAGCCACCGGAACAGAUGCCCGACGAUCUCAUCCAGAGCGUCGUCCGCACGCAACACGUCAACGACGCCAUCUUCAACCUCCGCCAGCUCCAUUUCGGCAUCUUCGACAUGACCGUCCACGAGCCCAGCUCGCACGCCGCCAUCACCAAGCUCGACGCCUCGGCGACCUUCAAUCGUUUGCGCAAGGACAUUAGCAAGAUGGAUGGACCGGAGGUGUUGGGCGCGAAUGAUGACUGGGGCCAUGGAGAAGCGACGUUUGGACAUUUGAUCGGCGGGUAUGAUGCGGGAUACUAUGGCUAUCUCUCGAGCCAGGUAUAUUCCGCUGAUAUGUUCUAUUCGGUAUUCAAGAAGGAUCCAAUGAAUGGGAAGGAAGGGCGACGGUACCGGCAUACUGUGUUGGAGAAGGGCGGCAGCCAGGAUGAAAUGCAGACGCUGGAGGAAUUUCUGGGGAGGAAGCCGAGUCCCGAGGCAUUCUACAAGGAGUUGGGCAUUGCGUAGUUACCAGUCGGUGAUCCAUUCGCUUGCUCCGCCGUCCCAGAAUCUGAUCAUGUUAGAUGGUAGCGGGGUAGCAAGGGAGAUAAGAUACACACUCUUCGCAAGCCGCCUU